GCAUCAUUGGCCUAUUAGCCAACAGAAGUGUAAACAAAAUAGAAAUUGUUUCCAAUUUGAUUUUGUUAAAUAAAAUUUCAAAACUUCUGCAAAAAUGAAAUUAUACAUAACCUUGUUGGCUUUGGGCCUUGCCGCUGCUCUGGUCUCAGCUCAAUCGAAUGCCAUUGAUGCUGCCGUCGAAGAACCCUCCCAGGAAUAUUUACCACCCGCCGAGGAAGCCGAUGCCGCCAAAUUAGCCGAAGAUGGUUAUCGUUAUAAGACCAUUCGCAAAUUGAAAUAUCGUGCCCGCCAUCGCCGCGAUGUUUCGCAGGAAUAUUUGCCACCCGUAAACGAACCCAGUGAAGAAUAUUUGCCACCCGUUGCCGAGACCAAAGUGGCUGAUGAUGGCUACCGCUACAAGACUGUACGCACCUUGAAAUUGCGCUCCCGUCAUCGUCGUGAUGUUUCCCAGGAAUAUUUGCCACCUGUAAAUGCUCCCAGCGAAGAAUACCUGCCCCCAGUUGGUGAGGAAGCCGAAACCAAGGUUGCCGAUGAUGGUUACCGCUACAAGACCGUGCGUAAAUUGAAGUUGCGUCAUCGCCAUCGUCGUGAUGUUGCCGAAAUCCAACAACCAUCCAAUGAAUAUUUGCCCCCCGUCGAAGUUGAAUUGGCUCCCGAUCUAAAAACUAUUUUGGGUGAUGAUGGCUACCGUUACAAGACCGUAAAACGUUUCAAGGUUCGCCGUCACCGUCGUGAAGCUGAAGCUGAAAAUGCUGACAAUACUUCGGCUGCUUAUUUGCCCCCCGCUGAAGAAAUGCCCGUUGCUGAUAUGGCUGCCGAAGCCAAAACAGCUGAAUUGGCUGAGGAUGGUUAUCGUUAUAAGACCGUGCGUAAGCUUAAAUACCGUCAUCGCCAUUAA